GCCACCGCUUCGAGCCCAGUCCGCUCCGUGCUGCCGCCGCGCACGCACGCGCAUGUCGCUCGUUGUUGAAUUCGGUGAUGUGAGGUGGCCCCCGCCGCUACCGCAGCGCCGCGCGAUUAACGCGCUUGUUUCGCGAAAAAGUGCGCCAGGUGAAGGCUCGAGAGCCUUCGAGCCGGCAAGACGCCGUCCACCGUGGAUCUGAGGUACGGCGCCAUGGCGGCGACCACGUAUAUGCCGGGAGAGCUGGAUCUCGGCAGCAUCGGCGGGUACCAUGCCGCCUCGCCGCGUAGCGCCGAGCCCGCCGAUAUGAAGUACCAGCACCAUCUACACGCCGGCGGUUCACCGUCUCCGGGUGCGCCCGUGGGUAUAAACCCAUGGGCCUCCCUGCCGCCGGCCGACCCUUGGGCCGUGCACCAGCAUCACGCUCACGCGCACCAGCCCGACAUCAAACCACCUGCAGCUCCGCACGAACAUCGACACCUGCAAAGCCAUGGCUGGCAUGCGCCAGUUGUUUCUGCGCACUACGGUGCAGGCUCACCGGUGGCGCUGCACGGCGGCUACCCGGUGCCCAUGCACCAGCACCACAUGUUACGUGAUGUGCAACCCUCGCCUCAUCCACUUCAUCAUCAUCACGCACUUGAGCGCGAUCAGCCAGAAGAGGACACGCCCACCAGUGAUGACCUAGAGGCCUUCGCCAAACAGUUCAAGCAGCGUCGCAUAAAACUCGGUUUCACCCAGGCAGAUGUAGGUCUCGCGCUCGGCACACUCUAUGGAAACGUUUUCUCUCAGACAACGAUAUGCCGAUUCGAGGCUUUGCAGCUCAGUUUUAAAAAUAUGUGUAAGUUGAAACCGCUCCUACAAAAGUGGCUUGAAGAGGCAGAUUCGACGACAGGGAGUCCCACCAGUAUCGAUAAAAUAGCCGCGCAGGGUCGUAAGCGAAAGAAGCGCACCUCCAUCGAAGUGUCAGUAAAAGGAGCGCUCGAACAGCACUUCCAUAAGCAACCGAAACCCUCCGCUCAGGAGAUAACAAGCCUCGCAGACAGUUUACAGCUAGAGAAGGAAGUUGUGCGAGUCUGGUUCUGUAACCGCCGGCAAAAGGAAAAGAGGAUGACACCGCCGAACACACUGGGCGGAGAGAUGCUAGAUGGCAUGGGUCACGGGCAUUAUGGGCACGACGUGCAUGGGUCUCCGCCUCUGCACGCGCACUCGCCCGCUUUGUCACCGCCGCACGGGCAGCACGGUCAGCACGCGCCGCACGCGCCGCACUCCCAGCAUCCGCAACACGGCCUACAGAGCGCGCACACGCUUGCGGCGCACUAACAGUUCGCCCCGUGGGCGCCGCCGCGGCCCUUCUACGCGGAGCCGCACUAGCCGCCCGCGGGACCUGUACAUAGCUGUACAUACACGCCGAAGGGGCGUGCCGCGGUCGUCGCACUGUAUAUAGUUCGCGAAAGCCCAGUUUCAGUUGUUUUUCUCUAAUUGGCGUGCGGCCGCGGAGCCAGUGACCUCGUAGUGUGUGACAAUGCGGAGACAGUUCGCGACAACGAGAAUGGGCGCGCUCGUCGCCGUCGCCGCCGUCGCCGCCGCCGGUGGUAAGUACGAGUGCGCCCGCCGAA